GACUUGUCGCAGAUCCUCUUUCCUUCCAGAUUGCUCACCAAUUUCAAACUUGGAGGUGAGAUACUACCUUACUUCUCUUAGAAGCGAACAGCGUCACCUUUUGGCUUAUGAAGUGCCCAUCCUUCACAUAAAUUCGACUCGAAAAGUUCGCUACCCUGUCUCUCGAUAACAUUGGUACUGUCGUCUUCUGAAAGGGUAAGGGAUGAGAAUUUUUCAACCCAGCUUGAAUCUAGAGAUUUCAAAGCUGUUCUAAUGUCAAAAAUAAAAGAAAUGACCCAGGAAUGCCAGUGCUCAGUGGAAGGAUAAUUACACCAUCAAGCAGUGACCCAAUGGCCCUGGUAGCUGUCUAUAAUGGAGAGAGCGUAAGUUGGUUAUGAAAAUUACACUUCUUUCUCUUUUGCUUUGACUUUGUGACGUGGUUUUGUCACAAUUUGAACAGACACGCGUCACUCUUACGUAAUGUUUUAACGGAAAACCAAACAACAUCAUUUUAUUUCCAAGUAGGUAUAUAUUCAGCCGUUCUAACCACCAUUUUGCCAGAACAAAGUAUAUGUAUAUAUUAAGAGUGGUACAAAAAAAAAAAACAGUCAGACUUGUAAAAAUCUUUGUGUUUUUUAUAUCUUUACAUACUUAUAAAAAAUUGUAGAGAGUAAAUGAAAAUAAAAACGAAAAUGUGUCCUGCAUAGCAGUCUUUCAAAUUUCCUUUUAGCCGACAGGGAGUCGUGCAGAGGCAUGAGGCGAAGGCAACCCAAACAAUUAGGAGCAGGGGGAGGAGCUUAUUUAGCCGGCCUUUUGAAUGUAUUUGAAUAUACAAUGUAAUAAGCGUGGUACACCAAAAAAUCGGUUUACUUAUAAAACUCUUUGUCGUUAUCGUAUGAACAAAAAAGUACAGGAAAAUUGCAAAUGAAAAGAAUAGGGUUUAGUGAUAAAAGGUCACAUCGAAUCAAGAAAUAAGCUGAAACGAACAUAGUUCACUUGACAAUUGUAUGUCAGGCUUAUAAGUGAAAAACGCUAAAAAUUGUACAUUGCUAGUUUUAUGAACACCUUACGUAAAUGACAUUGGUUACUGUUACAGAAAAUCAUAUUUUAGAGUCAGCUUUGUAUAAAGCAAUGAUUUUGCAUACAUUCUUGGGAACAGCAAAACUGAUUUAGAACAAACCUUCUAAGUAUAGUGUUCAUUCCGUGCAAUAACGCAUAAAUAAAAGAAAAUCCGGAUUUUCGAAACCAAAAAGGGAUUUUUCAUUUUGGGGGGGCAAAUCUAAAAACGGACCAAGAACCAAUAAAAUCCACCCCCAGGGUGGGUUCUUCGGAUCAAAUACAAAUCUGGGUUUUUGAGAUUCACAACCUUAGCGGUUUUUUGGGGGAAAGGAUUUCAAAAAAGUAUUUUUGACAAGCGGUCUUUCGAAAAAAAAAUGGUACGCAACAGAUGGCGUACAUAGAUGACAUUCUAACUGAACCUAUAUAUGUUGGUGGCGCCUUAACUUUAGCCACAGGUUACAUGACAUAACGUAGACUACGUUAAACCGCCUAACUCUGUCAUGCCUUUUGUACGAAUGUAAUGUCUGCUUACUUAAAUUGAUUAUCGGUUUCAGUUUUAAAUUCUUAUAAUUUUACAUUUCUAAGGAGUUUACUAUUCGAUAAAUAAACUAUUUAUUUAUUUCUUUGAAUAACCGCAGCAUUUGGGACCAAAAAUUGCAAAUAAGUGCCCUAAUAAGCGCGGCAACUUCGAAAUAAUUAUCGGUACGUUUUUUUGGGAGAAUCCAAAAACGGAUUUGUGAUCCCAGAUCAUAUGGAUUCUUCACUACCAAAAAAAAAACGGAAAAUCCGAAAAAAAAAAAUCAUUUACCACGACAGAGGCAUGUCCUCGUGCUCCUCGUGAUGAGAAAAAUAGAGGAAAAAAAAAAACAAAUCGAUCCUCGCAGCGAAGACAAGAAGGAAAAGCAACAUAAACUACGUAUGAAAUAUACCAAAUGUAUAUAGUAUAUACAUAUUAUACGAAAUAUUAUUUCGUUUGAAAGAAAAAACGUUUUAUUUAUUAUUAACUUAUUUAUUUUACUUUGUUUGUUUAAGUGGAGUCGUAGUUCGCAGACAGGCGAGUAUUUGGUUUGUGAUCUCCAAGAAACCGCAACAAAAAGUACGAACAGCUGGUUGAUAUCAAACUUUAUCGACCUACAAGGCGCUAUAUCUGUGACAGUUUAUGUGGAAUUUACUGCAAGGGAAUGCGAUCUGCAAUCAUUACCUUUCUGUAAACAGUCCUUCAACUUACAUUAUUACCAGACAGACAGCAUAGUCCCAUCUGGAGUGCAAAAGUCAACUAUUCUUGCAGGACACUUCUCUCUAGCUUCUCAAAUUAGAGCACUGAAUGUUUGGUCAUCAGGUCAAGCCAGAAUCUAUAACAACGCAACGGCGCAAUUUAGUGUCCAGACCAGGGGGAUUUAUUUGGGAUUUCAGGAUACUGGGGGCUGUAUUGCUCUUGGUAAAGUUCGAGUCUCUUAUAACGUAUGCCCCGCCCAGAUAAUUGGAGGGGCAAGUUAUAGCCGAACCCCUUCUCCUCCUCUUGGUGGUGCUCUAAAGGUGUAUGGAAACUGUGGGGUGAACUCAGCGAGUCUGCGCAAUUCAACAUCGUUGUAUAUAGAAUGUCUUAGCAACGGAAGCUGGAGAAAACCUGAGAAUGAAGCGAAGUGUUUCUGUAAACCUGGCUAUCAAAUUACUUCUCAGGGUUGCCAAGGUAAGUCUACUUGAAUUGUAUCUAAAGAACAUGGAGAAUGCCCCAGGGUUUAAGGACUGAUUGCUCUAAUUAACAUAGUCGCCCUACCACGCUUUAACACUCAAACAGAUAAGAAACAAGGAAACUUGUAUGGAGUUCUAGAGAUAUAUUGUCUAGUUCACAAGCUGAAACAGCUGCUGGAAGGCAAAACAUGUUAGUAAAUUAGUGAAUAACGUCAAUUUUGCGAUCAGUAGAGCGGGAGUGACAAAGACUGAAAUUUAAGAUUUGAACAUUUACAUUUUUUUUUCUCAAUACGCAUUGAUGUUUUUCAAAGAACUCCUUGUAGUAAUGUGUUUUUUCAGUAAACAUUAAGUGCUAUGUUGGCACCUUUAGCGGCAAAUUCAAAUACAUACCCUGUAUAUUGGGUAUUGGAGUUCCAUUUCAAGAGACUCUUUGGGAUGUCUCCUGCUUUUGUUUGUAACUUAAAUACGGGUUCUUAAAUGCUGUUUGAAUUCGGCUUUCGUAUCAUAUGAAGAAUUAUGAAGAUCUCGGAGGGUGUUAUGCGCCUCGGCCUACGGCCUUGACGGAUAACACCCUCCUCGAUCUCCAUAAUUCUUCAUAUGAUACGCAGCCUCAUUCAUUAAUUGUUAAAUAAAUAAAUAAAUAAAUAAAUAAUGAUUUGGAGGUAGCAUAUCCACUAAGAGGUUCUUCGUCUACCUGACGUCGCUAUAUGUAUUUCUUAUAGCUUGCCCUCCCGGUACUUACAAGCAAGUGCUUAGUAAUUCGGUGUGCGCUGCGUGUCCAGAGAACAGCAAUUCUGACCAUUCCAAACAGAAUUGUGUCUGUAACUCAGGUUAUUACAGAGGACCAAAAGAUAACAAGGAUGGCAAAUGCACAGGUAUGCUGUAACUUUCAGUUUGGGACACUGGCGUCAUACUAAAAGACUUUUAGUUACUCGGAUACUUCAUGUUACGUAGGCUCACGUCAUGCGUAGAUAGCAAGGGGUGAAUAGUUUUGUUUUUUUUUUUUUUUGAGAUCAAUGUUAGAAUAAUUUAAAAGAUAAUACCCGUGCCCUGAUUCGGCCGGUAAGUGUUCUUGCAAAACACAGCUGUGAUGUCACCAUGCUUUGCUUUGUAUUGACGCGUAGAUCACGUGAUGACGAACUUGAUAAAAAAUUAAUAGUGAUGACGACGAUGAAUGAUAAUAACGAUAAACAAAAAAAAAAAAAAAGAGAAAAAGUUUCGAGCUUAAAUAUCUACUAGUUUGUGUUAUUUGCCCAUGUCUUUAAAGUCAGUUAUAAUUUAUACUGACAAUAUUAAUUGUAUUUAGUCUUAUAGAAAUACUGCUUGUUUAAAAAAGUGAAUAUCUUGUAAAUUUCGUCAACCCAAGGUAACUUAUUUUGCUGGUAAUUUAAAUAAAUGAAUAAAUAAAUAAAUAAAUAAAUAAAGUUAAUGGUAUUAAAAAAUAUAAAUAUAAUGGGAAGAGGCAACGAGGACGGAUUACCUCAAAGAGAUUUUAAAACGGACAGAUGCAUAAAACAUUAACUGUUUUUAUGUUAAUUAUUCUCUCAAUGUUUAAUCCUGUGUAGCACCCCCUACUGCACCAAGAAACUUGUCAGUUAUAUUUCAAGAUCUGUCAGUAAUUGUAGUGGCUUGGAUGCCACCAUCAGAUAGCGGAGGACGAUCCGAUGUGGUAUAUGACAUCACUUGCUUUCAGUGCGAUUCAAAUGGAAACUGUAACAACAGACAGCCUUGCGAUGGCAGAAUGCAAUACUGGCCAAAAAAAGAAAACAACAAAUUGACUCACGUGACCUUGACCGGCCUUCAGCCAAACACGUCGUACGUUUUAAGAGUUGCCGCAGAAAAUGGUGUGAGUUACUUAUAUGGACCGAACUCCAAUAGAAUUGUAGAGAUUCAGUUUGGAACUAAACUUUCAGGUAAGGAUAGGAAAGUCUGUCUAUCUUUUUGUUUGUUUAUUUAUUUAUUUAUUCAUUUUUGGUUGGGAGAGGGGGGGGGGUGGGGGCGAAGAGGGACGUAUGUUCGUUUAUUUAUACGCAUAUCUCUUCAUUAGCAUUAUAUUUCGAGCUAUUUAAUGGUGGAAAAAAAAAAAGAACUCGAACCCUCCUGCACCCGGAAGACCAUUCACCAGAAAACUGUACCAUCCUUGCUCCUGCGUUAUUCUUCUUGUCCUGAUUUUAAGAAAUGCAAAGACUUUUUUGUUUGCUCGUUUUAAUCAUCAGAAGUGGUAAUUCUGUAGAUAUAAAGAUUCCUAUUGGACAUAAUAAAUGAAAUCUUUUGCAGCCAAAAUGAUUCUAGAUAAAACUUUUGUUGACGAUGCCACGGCCGUUCUCACAUGGCGAACGGUUGACAAUCCGCACAAGUUCUCAAGUUAUGAUCGCUUCGAAAUAAUGUGCUUCAAAUGCCAAGAUGGGGGAGACAAUAUACAACACCAAUGUAUGCAAACCUGCGGCAGUGACAUUCGUUAUUGGCCUGGAAGAGAGGGUCUUAAAGACAAUCACGUGACUGUAUCGGAGUUGCAGCCAUCAACACUUUAUAAAUUUGUGCUGUAUGUAUGGAAUUCUCAGACUGCAUUGGCAUCAGUUCUAGUUCAAACCAGCGCCGCAUCAAAAGCUGCCACUCAAGGUAAGGCCAUUGGGAGGCUGUGGUCCUUGAUUGUAUUUGUACAUCGUAAUAACCCUCGAACGUAAAAAGUCCCCUAAGGUUUUUCUCAUUUUUUCCUAGACGAUAAAACAUCAGCUCCGGAAGUUUUCUGUAAUUGUUCGUUUAUUCCUCGUGCGCAUUUUGAGAUAGUUUAGUGAUGGCCAGUUACUAUGGUUAUGAGAUAUGACGUCAUAAGUAUCAGGUGGUCAAGCCAUUUAUGAAUGAAAAUGCAUGUUAUUUUCAACUUCUUUCAGGAAAAAAGUAAAGCUUGUGGUUAAAAUGAUGCAAAGUAAUUAUUUGUGUUAUUUUUCAUGUUAAGCGCAAACAUUUAUUAAUUCUCACUGUUUGAACCUAAUUUCAAAAAUCUUGGCGACCAUGUUUGGUGACGUCAGAGACCUCCCGCUGCGCACCACCCAUGAAAUAUACCUCAUCUUGUAGAGAAGAUCAAAGGCUUUCCAAUGAAGGCAAAAUCAUUUCGAAAUAUUGCAGCAUAUCAAAAACCCAGGGGGGAGAGGGGGGGCACCAACCCCCCCCAAGUACCAUGGUGGGGGGUAUGAAUUUGCAUGUACGUCGGAUGGUUAAAUUAUAGUGCUGCUCAUUAGAUUCAAGGACGAGGUUGACUACAAGGCGGAGAUUUUUUGAUAGACUUUUAAAAAAGUCCUUUGAGGUCGACCUCUCGCGACUUCGCCGCUCGCAGCCUAACAAACUCGCUCCGCUUACUAAAGAAACUUGAGAAGUUAGCAUUCGUCCUCGCGUAGUCGUCCUUGCCCUUGAACAUAAAGGUCUCAUCAUUGGACUGCAUUGCACAUUGUUUAAGGCUGGAAUAAAUGCAAAACCCUCAUCAAUAGAUCUGAUUCACCCUUUCAUCUGGUCUCUUCUCAGAAAAGACCGGCUUGGCAGACUUAUUUACUCCACUGACGAUCGUUGCUAUGGCAAUAAGUGUAACGGCGUUUGUGGAUGCCUCCAUUUUUCUUUUGGUGUCCUUUCACAAGUGGCAGCAGUGGAAGAAAACUGCAAUGACAGACACUAUUGCAUUAAACUAAUUUCGCACUGAUUGAAUUGGGGAUUUAAAGGUUGAAAUGACAUUUUUAACUUUUUUCGUGAAAGAGUACAGAAAAUAAAGAAAAAGGCAAAAACUAAAACAAAAACAAAAACAAAAAUAGAAAACGUACAAAAUGGGCAGGAAAAAUAUGGCGGGAAAAAACUCGUGCUUAUGCACAUUUGGGGCAAAACUUCAAAAAUAUUAAAAUUUCUACAAAUUUUAGUUUGAAAUCGCUAUAAAAGGUUAUUUAGAUAAAUUUCUUAUUUGAAUCAGUUUACAUUUGUCUAAAGAAGCUUUAAAAGCUUACGCAAAAUACAAUUUACAAUCGGUUACGAACUUUUGAAACACCCUGUAGAAGAUUCGAUAUUCCCUGUAGUCAUCUUAAAGUUUCCAGUUUAGCAGUUACGUUCUUAAAGGGGAAUAUAACAGUAUUGUAAUAAUAAUUAAUUACAUGGUGGCAUUAAUGGUAUAAUAAAUGACGCAUAAUAAUUAUUAUUAUCGUUGACGGCGUCUUCGUUGUCUUAUUCUUUGACAUCAUCAUAGUCAUGAUCAUUUUCACCGUUUUCUUCUUCUUAGUCCUUUCCAUUCAUCAUCAUCACCAUCAUCAUCAUCAUCAUCAUCAUCACCUUCGUCGUCAUCGUGUUCGUCAUCAUCGUGUCCGCCUUCGUCGUCGUCAUUAUUUAUUAGGGAGCUUAAGAAACAACGACGACGACGGCGUUGAAAACGUCAAUAAAAAAUGAAUUUUCGUCCUUUUAAACUUUAUCGAGUCAUUUUGGAAUCGCUCAAUUCGUCAAAUGUAGACGAAUUUUCCUGGAGUUGAAUUGUUAAGGGCUUUAUCCAUGUUCAAACAGAGAAAGGAGGGAGGUUUCACGUCGUAGUCGUACAGUGGACAUCAAAGAAACGUACUAAAAAGCGUGAUAAACUUGCAGAGCAGUUGUUUUGCUAAUAAGACCAAUUGUUUUUUUGACGUUGUCGUUAUCAUCGUCGUCGUAGUCGUAGUUGCUUAAGCUUCCUAAUUUUCGCCCCUACCCGUUCCUCGCGCAUCUAUCGGGUUUCAAACAGGUGCCCAUGACAUGCACUCCCGGUUUCAAAGGGUAGAAACUCACUGUUGUUCACUUUUCAGAGCGACAAGCGCAAUUUUUCACCGUUCCGAUGAUCCUGGCAAUCGUUUUGGCAGGAAUACUGUUCGUUUCUGCAGUCUUUAUACUGUUGGUGACAUUUCACCUCAAGAGACGUUGGUACAACAUAGCAAGGAAAGGAGCGGAGAAAGACAGCCCAAUUGGCAAAACAUAUUCUGCUGAAAAUACUGAAGAUACCAUAAUCAUGGAAGAAAUUUUGCAAGACUAUGGACAUUCUAUAACGAAUGGAAAUAGAAGUGAUUAG